AUGUCUCAACACGAUGACAUGAUGACACAAACGACAGGUGUUCGAAUCCUUCUUGUUGAUUUUUAUCAAGUUGAUUUUGAUCAUAUUCCCACCCAAGAUCUACCUUCGAACAUGCAAGUAUUGUUGAAAAAGAAUUUCUCUUGGCAACUAUUGGGAAAGAAGAAAUGGUUUUCGAAUCGAGAAUUGAAAUAUGAAAAUUUCUUUCCUGUUGAGUUUAUGAAUGAUCCUGAAUUUGUAUUGAAUCAUAUCAAAAAGUAUGGAUAUGGAUUGAAAUUUGCAUCCACGCAACUUAAAAAAGAUCGAGAUUUUGUUUUGAAAGUGGUUCAACACAAUGGUUUGGAGUUACGAUUUGCAGACGAGCCAAUUCGCAAUGAUAAAGAAGUGGUAUUGGCUGCCGCAAAGGAAAAUUAUAGGUCAUUUAGUUGUACUUCGAAAGCACUUCGCUCUGACAAGGAAUAUGUGUUAAAAGUUGUGAAACAGAACGGAAAGGCUAUUUUUUGGGGGUAUCAAUGUCGCAAUUACAAACAAGUUGCUCUCGCCACCGUCAAACAAAAAGGAACUGCAUUGAAAUAUAUCAGAUAUAACAAUUCAAGCAAUUCAUAUUGGUACAAGCCAGCUGCAUUGGAAGCAUUCAAACUAGAUAAGAAGACACUUCACUAUGUUUCCCACAAGUUGCUUAAAGCAGUUCGAUAUGUACCCAGCUUAAGAUAUUCCAAGUGGUACCAAACAGUUGCAUUGGAAGCUAUCAAACAAGAUAAGAAGGCACUUCGAUAUGUUUCAGAAGAUUUCCUUCAAAGACAUGAUUUCAUGUUACAAGCUCUCAAAUUAAUAUUUCCAGAAGAGUUUGAAACCUCAUUCUCUUUUGAUUAUUCAUCGAAAGAAAUCAUGAUGAAGAUUAUUCAAGAAUUUGGAUUUUUACUUGAAUUUGUGUCGAAUGAACUCAAAUGUGAUCGAGAAAUUGUUUUGAGUGCAGUCAGAAAUCAUGGUCGUUCAUUGGAAUUUGCAUCGAAUAAUUUAAAGAAUGACAAGGAAAUUGCAUUACUCGCUGUUCAACAAGAUGGUUGGGCGUUGAAUUACGCGUCAACAGAAUUGAGGAGAGACAAACAGGUAGUGUUGGCUGCUGUGAAUCAAAAUGGGAUUGCUCUUCAAUUUGUACCAGAGGAGUUGGAGAAUGAUCGAGAAGUUGUCUUGACUGCAGUAGCUCAAAAUGGGGAUGCAUUGAUAUUUGCUUCCGAUAAGAUGAAGAAAGACAGACAAGUGGUUUUGACAGCUGUUAAACAAUACGGAAGAGCCAUCGUGUUUGCAGAUUAUGAAUUGAAAAGUGAUCCAGAAAUUUGGUUAGAAGUCAGCCAAUUAGAUGUUAAAGAUUUACAAAAACAUUGUAAGGAUUUAUUGAGUGACCGUCAAUUCUUGUUGAAAAUUGCAAAGUUUGUUGGUCAUCCUCUUUUGUCUUUGAUACCAACAGAAGUUAUCAAUGAUGAUGAAUUUAUGGUGACAUUAACAGAUGAAAUCAAAAGUUAUGGAUCUGUAUCCGAGUACAGUGAUGAAUUGUAUCAAGAAAGAAUGGAAACCUUUUAUUAUGGAGUGUAUUCAGGUUCUAGUUUGGACAUGAGGAAUGAAUAA